CAUCAAAAUGUAAUAUAAAUAUAAAGUAUUAGCCUACCAGGAGACAUGACUUGUCUUUUCCAUUCUAAAGAUAUAAACACCUUUAAAUUAUGUUUAAUUUCUUAACAGCUUCGGCAUUUAUUAUUGUAGAACAGUCAGACUUGUCAGGCUAUGUCCUUAAAGCACCAAAUGAAUACAGCAAUCGCUUCUUAAGUUUAACUAGAAAUUCAAAGAGGAAAAACACUGAAGAAAUUUACUAACAGUAACUGACAGCUUGGGCACAGUGACACAAAUACUUAGUUUAGUGCUUUUGAGGUCAGUGCAUGUUACCGUAAGCCCAAAACAUUGAGGUGAACAUGGUUUAAUUUGGGAAAAGUUGGGUUUUGCUAUCCUAGUCUUCAUUCGAGUUACAGAAGCCAUAGGCUACUUGGUGACUAUUGCAGUCAUCUCACUUUCCACCCAUGCUUGAGCUAACCAAAGGCCAGUGGGCUUGGGGCUGGAUGAGGACAGUUAAUUUUUGGGCUGUGUUCCAUUUACUGUUUUGUUUCUGCAGCUAAUACGCAGCAUAAGAAGAUUUAUUAAAUGUAGGAGCAGAGCCAUCAUCUGACACCUAGAGUCAUCAGGCACCCAAAGGUUACAUGCUGACUGCUGUUAAGAUGCUAGAUUUGAAGGUCUGGAAUAGUAUUCUUUUAAUCGCAAAGGAGCAGAGUGAAGAAUUGAGGAGAGGAAGUGACGGAGGAGAACAAUGAACAGAGAGGGCUGGAUGGACAGAUGGGAGAGGAGUGUAUAUGACAGUGGGAGGUAAACCCAAGAGAUGACAUGGGUCACCACACGUGCAAAAGAAACCUGCUGGAUUUCCCAUUGUCUAUACUCAACCCAAAAAGAAAGAAAGUCGGUUUUGGAGCAACAUGAGGGAAACUGAAAUCCAGCAUGGAAAUCGACCUUUACAUCUGACACAACACAGAUACUGUCUUUCCAUGUGUCAGGAGCGAAUGAUGUCCGUCCUGAUGGCUCAAGGAGAAGGUCAAAGGGUCUUUUGGCAGCAGAUUCUUGGUCUUCGGAGGCUGAAUUCCUUCAUUCUGACUGUAUGGCAGAGUCUUGAGAAUCUGCAGAGCGGAGGAGACUUUCUUCUCAUCUAAUGAACAACACUUGGCUCAUUCUCGCAUUAAGAGGAAAUGACUUUUCCUAGCCACUCUUCAUCUCAAGUGCAGAAUGGGAGGAGCUGGAAGCAGAAGAUGCCACGCUGGUCGAUACAUGUACCAUGAGGAGCACAGGAGAGCUACGCUAAAGACAGACGGGAGAAAACAGUUCGCCUGGACACAUUUCACAGGUCACGUUGAGCCCAUGCGGUGGUCCAUGCUAGCCCUGCUGCUCUUGUCCUGCAGCCAGAUGUUUGCCCAGCACCCAGGUGACAUCUGUCCACAAAAGACAGACCAAGGACAGCAUGAUGUCACGACAAACCCUGUACCGACCGUGGAUCCUAAACUCUUCAACAAGAGACGGUACCGCUCACCCCGCGUUCUGUUCAGCGAACAACCCCCCGACUCAGAGCCCGCUGGACACCAGACGAGGAGCAGGACGAAGAGGAAAGCAGGAGCACCUCAACACCGCGGAGUUUACUCCGUCUGCGAGAGCAUUAGCACUUGGGAGGGAAAUAAAACCAAAGCUACAGACAUCUCGGGCAAUGAGGUCACCGUCUUGCCUGAUGUUAUCAUCAACAACUCUAAGAAAAAGCAGUACUUUUUUGAGACGACGUGCAACAGCGGGCGGACGGGAGGAUCCGGGUGUUUGGGAAUCGAUGCACGCCAUUGGAACUCGUACUGCACCAAUUCACACACAUUUGUGCGAGCGCUGACUUCAUUCAAGAACCUGGUGGCCUGGAGACACAUAAGAAUCAAUGUAGCUUGUGUAUGUGUGCUGAGCCGAAAGUCUUGGAGGCAAUAACAAACUGGCUGCUUUUCAACACGCCAGUGAGUCUGUGAUAUCAGACUCAUAUUCCUCUAUGUGAUGGUGGACAUUUUCCUUGUGCAAACCAUUAAUGACAACUUCUGACAUAAAACAGACCAUCUAAGGAGGAUAAAUGUGAUGUGUUUUCGUCAUAGGACACUACAAUGGACUUUUUUCAGUUCUUUUUUAAGUCUUGUUAAGAUAAUUGUUUUCGAUUGUAGCAUUACAAGAACAUGUACAUUGUUGUGUGUGGUAACUGUUAUUUAUUAAACCGCAUCAUUAUUGUCUA